AUGGCAGACGAUUCAGCCGAGAGCCUGACUUUGGAGGAUUUGGAAGUGGUCAUUCCACAUCUGAGAAAUAGCGUGGAGAGCAUUUCGCGACACGAUCCCGAUUUCUGUUCAGCAGUUAUUUUGCUUGCACCUGCGCUUCGAAAGCAUCACCUUUUCUCACGACCACACGGAGACUUGAGUGCUCUUGAGGACCUUGCGUCCGCCUCAAGCCUUUGUUGCGAUGCGACAGAAUCUGAAAGCGAUGCUAGAGAAGCUUCUCGGUUAGUAGACAAGGCCGUUGACACGGUAGAGAAAGACGAUCCGUCGCAUCCUGCGGUCCCACAGUCAGCAUGUCGUAUCAUCGGCAAGAAGGCAAUCAGGCUUUCUGACAAGGAUGAUUUUGAAAGAUUGUUCGGGAUGCAUAAAUGCAUACUAGAUAUAACGCCACUCAAUCAUCCGAAGUUCAUAUCGCGAUGGCGGAGUUAUGAAGAUACACUGUUCAAAGGGUACAUGACCUUCGGCGAGGGAAAGGCUCUGGAGGAGUCUAUUCGAGUUUCACAGCAGAUUGUCAGCACCACAGACCACGACUCCGAAGAGCAUGCGAGGCAUUUGUGGAUUCUUGGACGGCGGAUUAUUCAGCGCUAUUUGAGGAACGGAACUUCUGGAGAUCUUGAUGCGAGUAUCAAGGCGUGUCAACAAGCAGUGGACGAAACACCGAUCAGUUCCAAGAAUCGCCAGCGAAGGUUACAGUCUUUGUACGAUCGGUUGGGGGAGAAAUAUUCUCAGACUCUGGAUGAUGAUGACUUCCAAAGAGCAUAUGAUAUUGCGAAAGAAGCCGUUGAUUUGACUACCGAUAGCGACAUGGGCCCUACCGUCCGCCUGAGUAUUCUUGGUGUCUUACUUCUAGGGGCAUAUGGCAAGACCGGAAGCAAGGAACGUCUGGAAGAGUCAAUACGCUUUGGAAGGGAGGCUUUGCCCGCAACGCCUGAUGGCCAUCCAGAUAGCGCUCUGUGCAACUUUAAUCUUGCCGACAGACUACGUAUACGACAUCUCGAGUAUGUUUCAGCCGACGACUUGCAAGACGCCAUCUCAUACUACCAGAAAGCCCUCAAUCACUCCAGUGCCUCUAUGUUUCUUCGUUUACAAGCAGGCUUUUCGCUCAUGCAGAGUUACGUCUCGAAUCACGACUUGGAAGGCGGGUACAAGGCAGUUUCCAAACCCAUAGAUAUCCUGUCCCUUCUCAGCUCUCGUCCACUGAGAAAUGCUGAUCUUCAGCGCGAUGCUUCCAAGCUUGCAGGUUUGGCUACACAGGCAGCUUCGAUCGGACUACACUCCGGGAAGAGUGCAGUCGAGGCCCUGGAGUUUCUGGAGGUGGCGAGAGGAGUCCUGGCUUCCUCGAUCAGUGUUCUUCGAGCUGAUACUAAGGAGUUGGAAAAGGAGCUACCUGAGCUGGCUCAACAAUACAACAGUCUUCGGGACCAGCUAGAUGACGGCCCUUCACACGACGCGGGUUUUGAACUAGAUGACGAGGUUUGGGCAAACGCAAUGACUCAAACAUAUGAUACUGGGGAACAGUUGUCAGCCUUACUGGCAGAGAUACGCUCAAACCCUGGCCUUAAAUUCUUUCUGCGGCCUGACGAUGAGGAAGGGAUGAGGCGUGCAGCUGCGCUCGGCCCUCUUAUCGUGGCAAACGUCGCCUCUGCGUUGUUUGUUGCCUCUGCGGUUUACGAUGCCAUGAUCAUCCAUCGAGAUGGCUUCGGCACUGUUCGUAUCCCUAGACUGAGCAAGAGUGAUAUCGAUUCGAAGUAUCAGACGUUAGGUCAGCGCAGUCUCAAGGUUCUCGAACGGCUUUGGGAUGCCGUUGCUGAGCCCAUACUCAACUCUCUAGGUUUCGCUGAGCCACCACAAAAGGGCAAGAUGAAGAGGGGCGCCACAGUCAGCGAACUGGCGAUACGGUGA